AGUUCUUUCAGAACUAAUAGCAUAUCCCUAGACGAAUCAGCUUAGAUUUGGGUCAUUCGCGCCGGAUUAUCGGAUCGGAUUGAUUUUAUUUCAUAUUUUUGCGAAAACGCGUUUGCAAUCAGUUCAAGAUGAUUAACACGGCUCGUCUGAUGUCUCGACAACGCCUUCCUCAAUUUCGUCAAUUUCACAAAUGUGUUGUCCGACACACAGAAUCCAGCACAGCAGCAGUGACAGAGGCUGCAUCAGUAGCAUCUCUACCUCCCCCAACUGGAAUCGACCAGCCAGUGAACCCAAAAAUCGACAAAAUAGCCAAUGAUAUCACUGCUCUCAAUUUGAUAGAAGUGGCACAGCUUAGUGACCUAUUAAAAAAACGACUAAAUCUGCCAGAUGCACCUGUUAUGCCUGUUGGGGGAUUUGUUGCCGCACCUCAAAUGGAGGAAGAGGAACAAAUACAAAAGAAAGUACAAACAGAAUUCACUGUUAAAUUGACAGCGUUUGAUGAGAAACAGAAGGUAGCUUUAAUCAAAGAGUUGAAGAACUUGUUACCGAACACAAAUCUUGUCCAGGCGAAAAAAUUCGUUGAAAGCGCACCUGCAAUAGUAAAGACGGAUAUACCUAAAGAAGAAGCAGAGCAAUUGCGAAAUGUUCUUACAAAAGUCGGCGCUACAAUCGAAAUUAUCUAACUUGUACGUAAAUGCACAUAUUAUUAUGUAUAAUAUUAUAAUAAAAAUUUACAUUUACAUCAAC